AUGAAAAAAACUAUUAUUAGAGUCGAUCCAGACGAGGAGAUAGAUCUAGUUUGCAAGUUAUUGUUCUAUCAAUCAACCGGUUAUCAUUCCAAUGCACGAUCAUUACAUAAAGAUCUCAAAAAAGAAGGUUACCGUUUUCCAUAUAAAAAAGUUCGUGAUUGGUUACAUAAUCAGAAUGAAUGGCAAAAAUAUGCUCCGUCACCGAGAGAGACCCCAUGGGUGAGUUAUGGAAAAAUUUCACGUCCGAACUGCGUACAUAUGAGUGAUUUAUUGCGCCUUACAAAUGAUACCGUUAAUAAAAAGACAUAUAAAUGGGUACUCACUAUUAUAGACGUUGCGUCACGUUUUAAAUGUGCUAUUCCUCUUACAUCGAAAAAUAGUUCAGAAGUUGCCAAAGCCUUUAAAAAAAUUUAUAAUAAUCCGGAUAAUCCUCUUAUUUGGCCUCGGUUACUCCAAUGUGAUGGAGGGCGCGAAUUUAUGGGUGAGACGAGUAAAAUAAUGCAAGAACAUAAUGUAACGAUCAGAGUGAUUGGUGCAUAUAGUCAUCGGGGUCUUGCAAUUGUAGACAGAUUCUGUAAGACGCUUGCAAAAAUGCUUUAUAAAGUACAAUAUGCCGUUGAAACUAUAUCCUCAAAUCCUAAAUUAAUAAGAGAGUGGGUUAAGUAUUUGCCGGAAGUUAUCAAUUACCUAAAUAAUUAUCCAACUCGACUUAUUAAAGCUCCUGGGUCGAAGAAAUGGGGAUUAGCGCCUAUAAAAGCAAUUAAUUUAGAAAAGGUUGAAUCUAGACCAUCUACGAAAUAUAAACGUCCGGUUGGAAGAGAUGAAAAAAA